AUGUAUUAUCAUGACUUCCUGCUUUUCUUUUUGUCAGUAGGAUCUGUUUUUACACUAAAAGUUCAAGUAAAUGACAUCAUCAGUCAUCAGUACCUGCGACAAGCGGUGGUGGAGGUGUUUGUUAACUACAGCCUGACAAAUUCUACUCUUACUGGAAACAAUGGAGCAGUGUUAAUAAAAAUCCCCUACAAACUGGGAUUGAGUUUAACUAUUGUCUCAUACAAGGAUGGCUACCUGCUGACACCUCUGCCUUGGAAGACUGCGAGAAUGCCAAUAUACUCGUUGGUGACUCUCUCGUUAUUCCCACAAAGUCAAGCUAAUAUAUGGCUGUUUGAAGAUUCUGUCUUAAUUACUGGGAAACUGUCUGAUGCCAAAUCUCAGCCGAGCGUUCAGUUUCCAAAAGCUUUACUGAAGCUUCCAACAAAUCAUAUUGCAAAUGUUACAGCCUAUCUGACAGUGCCAGAGCAAGUUUUGAAAGUGGACAGCUUUCUCUAUACAACAGGAAUUAUUCUAAAUAAAUCAGGUUUCAAAAGCUUGGAAUUAACUCCUCUUGCUGCCAUAUGUGUAAAUGUUCUUUUGGCUGGGAAAGAACUGAACGUAAAUGGUCCCAUUCAGCUUACACUUCCUCUUCCCACAACUACUGCAAAAUCAGGAGAUGCUGUACCUGCCUGGACUUUUGAUAUGAAAAUUGGUGCUUGGGUAAACCGUGGGCUAGGAAUGGUCAAGGAAGUGGAUGGUCAGUUAGUAUGGACAUACACUGCUCAGCACUUGGGCUACUGGAUAGCAGCUCCACUGCCUGGAACGAGAGAAUCCAUUAUUAGUGCUGUUUCCAAGGACAUAACAGCCCAUCACACCGUGUUCCUUACGGCCAUAUUGGGAGGAACUGUUGUCAUUAUCAUUGGAUUUUUUGCUGUUCUUCUUUGUUACUGUAGGGAUAAAUGUCGUCAGACACAGAAGAAGGAAAAAAACACAACCAAGCUGGAGGUCAUUAAAAAAGAUCAGACAACGUCAACAACUCACAUAAAUCACAUCAAUGCUGUCAAAGGGUCUUUAAAGCUGGAGGAUAAGUCACAGUUAUAUACAGCAAAGAGUUCUUCAUACAGCCCUCAAAGAAGGCUGUCCGUAGACACAGAAGAUGGAAAAUCACAAGACAAUUUUAAAAUCUACUCAGAGGAUGCUUCUUAUCAGUCAUCCUGUCAGACUGGUCAGGCAGGAAAUUCAGCCCAUUCAGUGGAGCCUAGUGCUGGAGUGAGGCUUUUACAGCAGCCAAAGCACAGUAACAGUACUGUUUCCCAGGCUUCUAGGGAUAUUCCAGACCAAAACAGAUACCUUUCACUGAAAGAGGAGAUGUAUGGGCUUACCCAUAUCCCAGAACAUCUAAUGCAUAUUUACAAUCAGCCUAUUGCUAUUCUUCAAACCUCAGACCUUUUCCACUCCCCAGAACAACUUCAUCCUGCUAAAUCAGCAACUUUGCCAAGGAAAGGGCAGUUGGUGUAUGGUCCCAUGAUGGAACCCAUGAGUCGUGACAGUUACAUGCAAACACUCCCCAAAAUGCCAGUGCACUCCCAUCCCCAGCCUUCUGCCUGCAGAGAUGAGAACAGUGCCCUGGAUGGUGAAGAGGGCUUACCUUCCCAAACGUCCAGCUGGGGCAGGUACACCAACAGCUUACUGGAAUCUGUCUCUGUUCCUGGGACAUUGAAUGAAGCAGUUGUAAUGACUCCGUUCUCAUCUGAACUUCAAGGGAUUUCAGAACAAACGUUGCUGGAACUCUCUAAAGGAAAACCAUCUCCACAUCCUCGAGCAUGGUUUGUGUCCCUGGAUGGAAAACCAAUUGCUCAAGUGAGGCAUUCUUUCAUAGAUCUGAAAAAGGGGAAAAAAACUGAGAGUAAUGAUACCAGUCUGGACUCUGGUGUGGACAUGAACGAGCAUCAUCCUAACAGGAAACUGGAGAGAGAGAAAACUUUCAUUAAAAGUAUGCCACAUUCUAAGAUUCUUUACUUGGAAGAUCUGGAUCUGAGUAGCAGUGAAAGUGGGACCACUGUUUGCACUCCAGAGGACCAGGCUGUGAGACACAUUAUGGAAGGAGGGAAUGGGCGAGUCCUGGAACAGCACGAUGAGGAAGGUCUAAGGAAAAAAUCUCUACCAGGAAGUCAUGAAUCUGGUAUCCCUUCUGCUAAAAAAAGGGAUAGACCACCUCUCAUGAAAAGAGAUAGCAAAACCAACAUCUGGAAGAAAAGAGAGGAGAGGCCACUUAUUCCCAUAAAUUAA